AUGUCUGCAGGCUCCACAGCUUAUGUAGCACCAGCCCCGCAAUUGGCUCAGAGUAAAGCGUACAUGCGGAAUAUUCAAGCCUGGUCAGCGGCCUCUUCGCCAAAGCCAACUGCCUCAAUGUCUUCGCGUCCAUCGCGAGCGCGAAGUACUCGCAAUGCGGGCAGCGGCACCCCGACACCAACAACGCCGGUCCCAACCAUGCCCAUUGCAGCGACUUCCUCGGCUACAAGUUAUGUUCAACCAAUCUAUUCCCAUUCGCACCCUGUCGUACCAAUGCAGGUACAACAACCGAUCCAACAGCCUUCAGUGCCCAUGAACCCUCCCAAGGCGCCUUUGCCUACGGUGCCUCAAGCCUUGCAAUCCACCUAUGCUUCAAGGAUGAAGACGGGCGUAUCAUUACUCGUUCAACCCAUCUUUCAGUCGACAACAUUAGCUUUGCUAUCAGGCACGGGGAGGCCAUCACGACGCGGCGCGGUGAUCAACUAUGCAGACCCAGGGUCUGGGGAUGACCUUCCGGAUGCCGGAGAGCUCGACUCAGAUGAUUCAGAGUUCCAAGCAAACGGGGGUGGUCGAUCGUCGAGCAGACAACAGCAAGGUCGGGGAUAUGCUUCUCCCGCACCUCAGGCCAACGCUCGACCAGAGAACGAAGAGUUGGACCAAAGUUACCUGGGAAUGCAACCUCCAGCUCGGUUCAUCAAAGCAAAGCCAAUACCUAUUGGUCUUGGUGGACCUACAAUGCAUGAAUACCCUCCGCCUGACAGAGUUAUAGCCCAAGCUCAGAAACGCGCAUCACUCGUCCCCAUUCGAGUCGAGUUCGAAACCGAAACACACCGAAUACGCGACUGUUUUGCGUGGAACAUCAACGAAGACCUGAUCAAACCAGAAACCUUUGCCCGCAUCUUUUGUAACGACCUUGAUUUACCCCUUAUUCCUUGGGCUGAAACUGUGGCGAAUCAAAUCAAAGCACAGAUUGAAGAAUACCAAGACGUUGCAUCUAUGGAGAUUGGAAUGGAUAGUGCACUCUCUCCCGAGGAAAUGGCCGAGCCUGGUGAUGAAUUACCUGAGUGUCGCGUCAUCGUCAGCAUCGACGUCCAAAUUGCAAACCACCACCUCCUUGACCAUAUCGAGUGGGACCUACUCUCACCCCUCACACCUGAAGAGUUCGCCCGCGGACUCUGUGCAGACCUCGGGCUAACCGGAGAGGCAGCACCUCUCAUUGCACACGCAGUCCACGAAGAACUGGUCAAACACAAACGUGACGCCGUCGAGUGGGGAGUCAUUGGGGGACCUACUGCGCACGACGGCAAAGAAGCAACACCCGCGCUCGGCGAACCCGCCCAGCCCGAAAAGCGCGACCGCAGCGGUUAUAGCUUGCUCAAAGACAAGACCGGACUGGGUCUUGGAUGGGGUCGCGCACCGAGGGACGGGCGCGGGCCCAAGGUCCUUCGAAGCGUUUGGCGAGACUGGCAAGAGGCGGAGGAAUUCUCAACGUCGUUUGAUUUGCUUACGGCAGAGGAUUUGGAGAAGAGGGAGAUUGAGAGGGAGAGAGCUAGUAGGAGGUUGAGGAGAGAGACGAGCAAGUUCCAGAGCAUUGCUACUGGUAGGAUGAGGAAUUUGCGGUAUCGGUAA